AUGGUAUCAUUCUCAAAGGUUAUGAAGGUUGGUGCAUGGGUAUUGGUAGCAGGUACCAUCGCCUCAUCAAUCUAUGACAGCUAUCAGGAUUAUGUAGAGGAGGAGGGAUUCUCGUUGCAGUCAAUGUUUGGCUCGGCUGGUGGUGACGCAGGUGCUGGUGCACCGGCCCUAUCAAAGAAGCCAAAGAAGCUGUCACAUGCCGAGGACGAGAAGUUGAUGAUGCAAUACCAACAGUAUCGCAACUUUGCCGAUCAGGCCAUUCAGCGUGAGGACUUCUCCACUGCACUCGAAGUGUACGAGUUGUUGCACGAGAUUGUCAGCAAGUCACGUACCAUCCAGACAGUCGAUCGUGGUAGCACUCUCUUCUCACUCUUCCGUCUCGCAAGCAUCCUUCAAGAUAGAAAGAAGAUGGCCAAGUAUGCUCAGAUCAUCAUUGAGAACAAUGGACCAAACCCAGUUGGUCCAAAGCUCGACGAGACAAUGAGUCUCUAUGAGAUCGUCGUCAAGGACUUGGUUGAGGACAAGAAGUAUGCAGAGUCCAUCGAGUUGGUCAAGUCGGUCAUGACCAAAUACAAGUUGGCUCCAAGCCAUUUGUCAAACCAAUACUCAAUCCUUGCAAACCUUUACAACAAGAACAACCAAAAGACUUUGUACAUUGAGUCAAUUCACAAGGCCAUCGAGCAGGCUAAGCUCUCUGGAGACAAGGCUUACAUUGCAUCCUCUUUGAUUGAUCUCUUGGAGUAUUAUGCCACUGAGAAGAACCGCGAGAAGGUUGAGGAGAUCAUCGAAUCCGUCACUCCAUACUUUGAGGCAGAGAAGAAGAUCCAGAUGUUGCGUGUCACUUCACCAAUCUUCUUUGAGAAUGAGUUCUAUGACCUGUUCAUUAGGAACCAGGAGGAGAUCAUCCCAUUAUUCGAGACCAAGAUUAACAGCUCAACUGGUGGCGAGGCUGACACUUUGAAGCUCAAGAACUACUUGCUCCGCGAGAAGAAUCAUCUGGCCUGUGGAAAGCUUAUCCUCGACAACCAAGAGGAGGCACUCGAGCUCUUUGACAAUGUUAAGAACCACGAAGACUUGGUAUACACAAUCCCAUCGAUUUCCAAAUACUACAGAACAAAGGAGGCUCUCAUUGAGGACGACGCAUUCUCAAUCGUACUCACUCCUCACGAGAAGGCUGUGAUCCCAGAGGGACUAGAGUUGGUUUGCGAGUUUGAGAACCCAACUGACCCAGACGCACCAACCAUCAUCGAGAAGGCUGUCCAGACAUCGGGCAACAUCGUCCUGGAAACUACCAACGUCGAGGGCAUCGACCCAUCCAAGGCAUACAUGGUCAAGAUCGUCUUGUACAAGAAGGACGACCGCAUGGAGCCAGUCAGCAAACACUUCCAGAUUCUCUCGCCACAAAAGCCCGCCAAGGGUCCAGCCGAUCCAAUGUUCCAGCAGUUGUUGUAA